AAAUAAAACCGGAAGUUAUUUCCUGGGGCGUUUGAUAGAUGGCCGGAGUUAUUCUUUAGAAAGCUUAGCUUUUUGUAUUUGUGUUUUGUUUUUGCUAUGAAGAACCGAUAAUUUGUACGACAUUGUUAUAAACAUGCCUUUGCUCUGAUCUGGACGAUGUCAUGGCGCGUGUUGCUGGAGAUAUUAUUCAUUUAAACGUGGGAGGAAAGAGGUUCAGUACCUCCAGGCAGACUUUAACAUGGGUACCUGACACCUUUUUCUCAAGCCUCCUGAGUGGCCGGAUCUCCACCUUAAAAGAUGAAACCGGAGCGAUUUUCAUUGAUCGCGAUCCUUCACUUUUCGCUCCAAUUCUGAAUUUCCUGCGCACUAAAGAGCUUCAUCCAAGGUCUAUCGAUGUGAGUUUACUGAUGCAUGAAGCUGAGUAUUAUGGAAUCACACCAUUAGUGCGUAAGCUGCAGCUGUGUGAUGAACUAGAUCGCUCAUCAUGUGGCUCAGUGCUGUUUAAUGGCUAUCUGCCUCCGCCAGUGUAUCCUGUAAAGCGCAGGAACAGGCACAGCGUUGCCGGGACUCAGUUCAUGACUGGACGAGCCAUCCCACUGGAAAGAGCCAUGGUUCGUCGUAGCAACACAAUGCCACCCAACCUGGGCAACUCAGGCAUGCUGGCAAAAACUAGUGCAACAGAAGAGAAAAUGUCAGGUCCGGGUGCAGAUCCAGGAAUGGUUCGGAUCAUAUGUGGGCAUCACAACUGGAUUGCAGUGGCUUAUGCACAGUUUGUGGUGUGUUACAGGGUUAAGGAGUCGACAGGUUGGCAGCAAGUGUUUUCGAGCCCCAGAUUGGACUGGAUCAUUGAUCGGGUCGCACUCAAUGCGAAAGUCAUGGGCGGGUCACUAGCAGACAACGACAAGAUGGUUGCGGUGGCGUCUGGUACAGAAAUCAUAUUAUGGGCAGUCUGCGCUGAUGGAAAUGGAAAUGAGAUUGGUGUCUUUAGCUUAAGUGUGCCAGUGGAGGCUCUGUUCUUUGUAGGGAAUCAGCUCAUCGCCACAAGCCAUACUGGGAAAGUGGGUGUGUGGAACGCUGUAACCAAACACUGGCAGAAUCAGGAUGUGGUUCCCAUAAACAGUUAUGACACAGCAGGCUCCUUUCUUAUCCUUGGCUGUAAUAACGGCUCUAUUUACUACAUCGAUGUACAAAAGUUUCCAUUAAGGAUGAAGGAUAAUGAUUUACUGGUGACUGAGUUGUACCGAGAUCCCAGCGAAGAUGCCAUCACAGCACUUAGCGUCUAUUGUACACCAAAAACGAGUGACAGUGGGAACUGGAUCGAAAUUGCAUAUGGCACCAGCUCAGGAGCUGUGCGUGUGAUUGUUCAGCACCCCGAAACCGUUGGCUCGGGGCCGCAACUCUUUCAGACAUUCAGUGUUCAUCGGAGUCCUGUUACUAAAAUAAUGUUGUCGGAGAAACACCUUAUCUCAGUGUGUGCAGAUAAUAACCAUGUGCGCACCUGGACUGUAACACGGUUCAGAGGAAUGAUCUCCACUCAACCAGGCUCCACCCCCCUUAGCUCAUUCAAAAUCCUCUCACUGGAUGAUCUUGAUGGACAUGCAGGUUGCAGUGCUGGCACUGAGAUAGGUCCAUAUGGAGAGAGAGACGAGCAGCAAGUGUUUAUCCAGCGUGUCGUUCCCGACACUGAUAAGCUUUACGUACGUCUAUCCUCUAAUGGCAAAAGGGUGUGUGAGGUGCGCUCUGUGGAUGGGACCCCAAUUACAGCUUUCGUGGUUCACGAGUGUGAGGGGUCCAGCCGCAUCGGGUCACGGCCACGCCGCUUCCUGUUCAGUGGCCAUGGCAACGGUAGCAUUCAGAUGUGGGACCUCACAACAGCCAUGGAGAUUGCAGCAAAGGUGGACAUAAAAGCACUUGGAGGUCCCACUGAGGAGGAGCUGUUGGAGUUGUUGGAUCAGUGUGACUUGGCACUGACCAGAACACCAGACAUGAGUCCUGCUGCCUCGCUCACACACUCUUCUCGCAACUCUACCUGCAGUCUGCAGUCCCAGUCGAAUGAGAGUGCCCGUGUUGGUCCUCCUGGCGCUCGUGGUGCCACUCUUCCACGACCUCAGCAGGCUUUCUUAAGAAUGCGUGAUAUUCCUCCCCAUCUCGGUGUCAGCAUGAGCUCUCUCAGCAGCAACACGGGCGAACGGGAAAAGGACCGGCACCAGGAACGAGAAAGAGACAGGGAUGGUCUUUUUGCCCCUCGGAGAGGCAGUUUUGUAGAGCGAUGUCAGGAACGAGCCAAGAUCUCAGACUUUGCGGGAACAGAAGCUCGGCUCGGCCUCAGACCACAUUUAUCAUCAUCUGCGUCCAGGUGGCCUUCCCCUGCUGUCCCGUGCCAUGCCUCUUCAUCAAAUCUGAGCACAAACAGAUCACAGACACCCAUAUCUCCACGACGGGGACAGACUUUGCUUGUAGGUGAAACCACACCCCCUGAUGCAGGGCCUAAAGCAGAAAGCCCCAAAAGCCCCUCUUCCCCACCACCCACCAGUCCCAAGCCACAUAUGAAUGAGACCAGCUUCUAAUUGGCUGACUUAUGAAAAUACUGCUUAGUUAACAUCUUAGUGGACACACCCACUUGCACCUAUUGCUAACUGGACAUUUUUUCAUUCCCUUUUUUUUUCUCAAUCAUUUAUUUAUCUUUUCUUGAGAUAAGGUGUGUCCUUCAGGGCUGCAUUAAAGAAGUAUUGGAAACCUAGGUGUCCAGAUGCUUACGCUUCCAGGAAAUUUCUACUGUGUAAAUUUAAUACAGAGCUACUCAAGAGUAUUAUGUUAGAAUAUAUGGAAUGAUGUGUUAACCUAUGCAUUUUAACCUUCAGUCAGUUUUUUUCUUUUCUCUCUAUGCUAGCUAGUCUUAUGCUGAUAUUUUACAUCAUGGUUUGUGAUCUUACUGUAUGGUGUUUAAAAUAGGUGAAAUGAGUAGACAAAUCCCUAGGACAAGACUAAUAAGGGCUCCUCGAGGUUACUCAUAAAUACUGCCUGCUGACAGACACAAUCACACAUGCACAUUAUAUUUUUUACGUUUUAUUCACGGGUGUAAGCUUGUGAUGUUCUUUUAGAGAUUCAAUCACUGGCCUGAAAAUAUUGAAAGUUUUGUUCAUUUUGCUGUCUUUAUUUUAUUUUUUUUCUUCUUCACAUAAUCAUGUUGAAUAGUAUAAAACCCCUUAAAUUCCCAGCUUGUUAUUUUGGUCAUUCAUAUUAAAGUUCAUUACACAUCAAAUGAUAUUAAUUAUUAUAAUUAAAUUAAUUCUAAAAAUGAGAACGGUCACACAGUUGUGUUAGUGCUUAUUGUUUGUCUGACCUGUAGGUGCAUGUGCUGGGAAUUUAAUAGGUUUAAAUGUAGUAAAUAUUCAGUAUGCAUAAGUAUCCAUACAAUGUAUAAAUAUCUGUAUAUUCCACUUCAUGUCACAUCAAAGUCAAAUAAAUAUUGUACAACAAA